AUGUCGGUUCCCUGCUCAUUCCGCAACCACCCCGUGGCCGCAUGGCCGGCGUUUCAAUCGGCGCGCAGUGUUCCACGUCUCGUCGAAUUCCUAACAGUCGAGUCCCUCACUUCCUUGUUCCAUCGGCGAACAGGCGCCUCUGGAGUAAGAGCGCAGCCGUCGCUCCGGUGGCGCAAGGCGCUCAACGUGUCGACCGUGUUCAACACCGCCAAGUUCGGAGCAGGCACUCAGAACACACGCAGCGGCUUCAUCGGCCUCCCCUACAGUAUGUCCCUGCCCUACAAAACGCCCCCGGCCCUUCCCUCCCCUCUCGCCUCUCUCGACCAUCUCACCCUUCUCACCCCUCUCUCCCCUCUCGCCUCUCUCUCUCCUCUCGCCCCUCUCCUCACAGGCAAGGCCAUUCCGGGCUCCAAAGGGGACAAAGGAGCACACGGAUGGCUCGAUAUCAACAUCUACAAAUGGAACCGCGAGUACAACAUUCGCUUCUUCACUUCCACCUUGGGACUGUCGCGCAACGAGGUGCCUCUCUCAGUCAGCAUCCACCGCGGAAACCCUAAACGCGACGGCACGGGCGACACCAACAUGGUUCUCUCCUUCGACUCGCUACAAGCAGCCUUGGAUGCAAGUACAGGUUACACCUCUACAGCACAAUCGACCCUUACGUUUCCGUGGUUGGCUGUUGACCCGACGCCCAUGCAGCGGUUACGCGGUUACAAGGGAUACGGGUUUAUGCAAGAGGGUACAGUGCGGAAGGUGCAGGGUGUACAAAUAGGCUCAACGGGCAAGUCGCUGCACAGGUUACUGGAUGAGCUUAUAAAGAGGCCGGGGAGGUUCUAUGUGGUGGUGAAAACGCCCUCGUUUCCUGAUGGGGCUGUGCUUGGUCACAUGCAAGGCUCGCUGGUUACAAAGUUACUGCACUGA